CGCGCCACCGCCCUCAUCUGCUGCUCAAGAUCGACCCAGAAAGGGUUUAGUUUAGGUUUCAGGGUUUAGGAACCAAUCUUACACUGUGUGGUCCAAAAACCCAAAGCAAGCAGUUAGCUGUGCAGAUCCGUUGCAGCGUUGUGUCCUUAGAAGCAGUUUUUGGAGGGCCAGCAUGAUGGCAGCGUCUUCGUCCUCCUUUCCAGCGCUUGUUCGCACGACGCAGGCCACACUGCAGCAACCUUCUCUGUUGUAUCUGAACAGCAUCCCCGGUGGCUCAGCAUCGCGAUCGGUCGUGCCAACAGCGCAGCGACGUCAGCUAUGUGGAGUCGUACUUCCUCUUCCUCCAGCGCGUCGCCUGCACCUACAGCAUCCAUCACAGUCUUCUACUUCAUCUUCCCUCUCGCAAAGCAUAGCCAACCCAGGAGAUGCAAUCGGACGGGCAGGAAGAGGAUACUGUCGUCGUGGUCACGCAAUAACUACCCAAAAGCGCUCCUUCCCCGGCCCGCCGAUCCGGCAAGUGUUCGACCCGAUGCGGGUGAUGCAAAAUCACCAAACUACAGAACUCGGUACUUUUCACCGCGAUCUGACCGAUAUGGAUUGCACCUCGAACGCCGGCAUUUCGCCACAGCAGCGGUUAGAACGGUACGAAAUGUACAAGAAAACACUCCCGUACAGACUGAAGUCCUUCUUCUGGAAAAAACGCCGUCUCGCCAAGCAGUUCGCGGAUCGGUUCACGAGGAGAGCAGACGCAAACGCUUCUUCUCUUUACAGCAACACAAGUUCCUCCUACCAGCCACUGCACAACUACACGGAACACCAGUGGCGGCAGAUGGGACGGCUGCGGGAUCAUAUGCCGAUGAACGCAACUUCGUCUCGUAGCGGGAUCAGCAUGACAGAUCCCGGUCGAUCGUCAUCAGCAGAAGCUUCUGGCUCGGCUGUGCCAAACAACAUUCCAUCCCUCGAGCGGCUUCGCACCUUCGGACAGGAGAGAGCGAAAGGGCGCGCGACCAGGCAGUGGCUUCCGAACCACAAGCUGAUGAUGCGGUUGUUCCAUCUGAACCCUGACCCCCGGUCAGAAUGGGUGCCGCAGAGCAACAAAACGGAGCGACGGGUCUUGCUGAUUGCGGUCGCUUGGAUGUUGGGAUGGUAUGAGAAUUAUGCUUCGACUUUGUCUUCAUCAUGUGGGACUUCCGUGAAAGAAACGAGCUGUCAGCACGCAUUUAUUUUCGUUUUCCUAUUCGUCCUUGACAUAGAUACUAGCGACGCCGACUUACAUCAAUUGAAAAUCCAUCAAGCUACAAACAAAAUCCAGGGCCACCAUCGGUUGUUUUGUCCUGCUUCCGUUCUUCUUUGGCGAGGGAAACAGUCAGGACUUGGGGGAAUUCAAGGCCAUUUUGGAAUCCGAGGGUGUUACCGAGGAGGAGAUGAUUGCGGCAAUUGAAAAAAUGACCGCGAACGACUCGGCGUUUGGGGGUGGUGUCGUGGCAUCGGACGGGGCGGUUGCAGAGGAAUAGGCGGGGGUGCAGAUGAGGAUUGACGUUGUAGAAUCGAUUCUUUGCUUGGAACGAAGGGAACGUCUACAACGUUGGACCCGCAGCUUGAAUGAUGCUGCUUCACACUGUAAUGCACAAUAAUAAUAAUUCAAGACAGAACGAUAUCACUCUAGAGAUAGACUAAAAAUAACAAGAAGUCACUGUUGAAAACGCAGAAACACAAAGAGACGUUGACAAAACCGCAGCACGGCCUGCUGCUUGUGCUU